UAGUGUAUUACAUAUUCUUUUGUAUCACGUAUUAUUUACAUCCAUAAUCCUCUUUGAAUAUAGGUAUACCUUUCGGUAAUAGUAUAUUCUUUGGUACCUAUUUAUUAAGGACGUAGGCUCAAAAAAAAAUAAGGACGUAGGUAGUAGGUACCCUGUUCAAACUUCAAACUCGAAAAACCAGCAAAGUGCAAACCUGAAUUUUGUGUUGAAUCACCAGCGGAGUCCAUAAGCUAAGCAGAUGUUACAAGUUUAGUUUUAAUCUUAAGCUUUAAAUUUUAAAUAGUGAAUUUGUUAACUAAUAUCCUAAUCGCUAAUUUAAGAUGUCACAUUUUAAACUUAUAUCUUCGACAAAAGCCUCAGAUGUGGUACCGGUACAUAAGUAUGUGUCCCAAAAGACUGGUACAACAGUAAUUAUAGCUGGAGUCGAGGGCCCGGUUGUAAAUGGUUUUUUUUGCCUAGCAACUGAAGCCCAUGAUGAUGAUGGUCUUCCACACACCUUGGAGCAUCUCAUAUUUCUGGGCUCUCAGCGCUAUCCUUAUAAAGGGAUACUUGAUUUGCUGGCAAACCGCUGCAUGGCUCAUGGCACAAAUGCGUGGACAGACACCGACCAUACUUGCUACACUAUAAAUACUGCUGGAGAUGCUGGAAUGCUUACCCUGCUACCAAUUUAUCUUGAUCACAUUUUGAAUCCAACAUUAACUGACCAAGGAUUUACAACUGAAGUUCAUCAUGUUGAUGGUGAUGGAGAAGAUGCUGGUGUAGUUUAUUGUGAGAUGCAGGGACGUGAGAACACCUCUGACAGCAGAUGCGAGCUGAGAUUAGUUCGUGCAAUGUAUCCUAACAGUGGCUAUUCUUCUGAAACUGGCGGCAUAAUGAAGAAUUUAAGAGAAUCAACAAAUAACACAAAAGUAAAAGAUUACCACAAAAAGUUUUACAGAGCUGAAAAUUUGACAAUAAUUUUAACUGGUCAAAUAGAAGCAGAGGAUGUAUUCAAAGCGUUAGCCACAGUAGAAGAUGACAUCAUAGGAAAGAGAGACAAAGAACCGCAGGAGCAAUGGGUAAAACCUUGGCAAACAAUCCCUCCUCCUCCAAACUAUGGAGAAUUUAGAGAGCAAUGGCCGGUGGACAUAGAGGACUGUGGUCAGGUACUGUUUGGAUGGCGUGGUCCGAUGCUGUCAGAGGCGUCGGCUUUGAAAGAACUGACGGGUUGUGCUGUUAUAUUGCGAUACCUGUGCGAUACCGCUUCGGCUCCAUUGCAGCGAUGUCUGGUCGAAAGGGAGGACGCUCUAGCCGGUGACGUUUCGUACGGUUUAACUGAGAAUAUGGCUGUGAUGAUCAAAAUUGAGUUGGAUAAUGUCCCCAUUGCCAAACUUGAGGCAGCCCGCACAGAGGCAAAGGAUUGUUUGAGGAAGAUUAGGUCUGGUGAAGAGAUCAUUGAUAUGGACAGAAUGAAGAGACUCUUGAAGAAGCAACUCAGAGAGAGUAUUGCCAGCCUUGAGUCUGAUCCUCAUCAUGCAGUUGCUUUCCGCUGUAUUGGUGAUGCGUUGUACUCACAAACUGAACAAGAUUUUAUACUCCGAUUGAAUCCGCAACAAACAAUACAAGAGCUGCUUGAGGAAAGUUCCACAUAUUGGCUGAACUUGCUGCAAAAAUACUUCACUGAUGAGCUGGUCACUGUCAUUGGAUCACCUAGUGUUGAAUUACAGACUAAAAUGGCGGACGAAGAAAAGAAGAGAAUAGAAGAACAAAGAUCGUUGUUGGGGGAGAGUGGACUUGCAGAGAAGGCUCAGCAACUUGAUGAGGCAAUGAGAUUCAAUGAGCGAGAACCGCCGGCCGGAACUCUAGCGUCAGUCCCGAUCCCGUCGUGCGACAACCUGAAGUGCUACCAGCUGUCCACGUGGAGCUCUGACUCCGCCCCCUGCCCGCACUUCGACCUGGCUGAGGUGCCGCUCUACACGCGUCUGCACAGCCUUAAGACCAACCUUGUGUAUAUCAACCUGAUCAUAGACACGACUGACAUCGACCAAUCGACGCGGAAGUGGAUCCCUCUGCUGAUGAACGGCCUGGCUGAGCUGCCGGUGAGGCGCGGAGACACGCUGGUGCCGCACGAGGAGGUCAUCUCCACCACCGAGCAGCUCACCGUGUCCUUCUGCAGCAGCAUCGGCUUCGGGAAGUCCGGGAAUUUCGUCGUCGGCCAGUACGGCAACCUUCUUCAUAUCGAGGCCAAGUGCGAGCCGUCGGACUACGAGGCCGUCGUUGAUCACCUGUACGAGGUGAUGUACGCAGCUGAGUUCACCAAGGAACGGCUGCUUGUGUUCGCACAACGCAUGAUCAACGAUGGUGCACAGGUGCGGCGCAACGGACACAAGAUGGUGUACGACACGCUCCGCGACGCCGUGUACAGUGCGGACAGUAACGUGCACUGGGCGUCCGUACUGCGGCAGACGAGGUUCCUGCGGCAGCUGGUGGAGCGCGCGGCCGCGGGCGGUGAGAGCGCCGGGGACGUAGUCCGCGAGGCGCGCGCGGCCUGGCACACGCUCACGGAGCCCGCGCGGCUGUGGCUGCACCUGGCGGCCGACCUCACUCGCGCACGGCUCUCGCCGCGGCCCUGGAAACGGUUCGCCGGGAACAAGACACAGCCCAAACUAUACAACGACGCGGACCUUAUGUCAGGGUGGGGAGAUGGUUUCGUGGUGGGGGUGGGCGGCAUGGAGAGUUCGUUCCUGGCGCAGCUGAGUCCGGGCCCGCCGCGGUACACCCUGGAGGUGGCGCCGCUGCUCGUGGUGCUCAACUACUUCACGCAGCUCGAGGGUCCAAUGUGGCGACUGAUCCGCGGCGGAGGUCUCUCGUACGGGUACGGCUUGCGGCUGGCACCCAACGAGGCCGCCAUUGUACUGUCACUGUACCGGGCCACUAACGGACCUGUCGCAUACAGCAGCACCAAGGGCAUCCUGGGAUUCUUGCAGCAAGACUAUUUGAGAAAACGUAAGUUCGACGAAGAACUGUUCGCGUCCGCCAAGAGCACCGCACUGUUCGAAGUGGUCGAGCUGGAGAAGUGUCCGGCCGACGUCGUGAGACAGGCACUACUCAACUAUAUCAAGAGGGUCGACGAGAAUUAUAACAGGGAUUUAAUCUGCGCAAUAUCAGCGGUGCAAGACGAGCACGCGGCGUGGGCAGCGGCCGAGUGGCUGUCGACCUUGUUCGAUACCCAGCGGGGCAAGGUGGCCCUCGUGUGUCACCCCGGGAAGGUCAAGGACAUGCAGGCAGCCUUCAAGAAAAUGGACAUCAACCUCGAAGCAUACGAGUCAAUGGAAAUGUCUCACAUGGGAAACUAAACACAAAUCCUAUAUACAGUACUUUGUAAAUAACUUAAGUAUUCUGAAUAUUACCUCGUACGCAUCAUUUUGUACUGAAAAUUAAAUCUAAUUCGGUUGUGCCUUACAUAAAUGAACUACCAUGUUUAUAAUUUUUGGUAAUUAUUGUAAAUGUUAAAUAAGUGCUGAUUCUAAUUGUUCAAUAAAUACAUUAUAUGGAUGAAAUCAAAGCUGUAGUUAAAUUAAGUAUAAUUUUUGUAAUGUUGGAAACAUUACUUAAUGUGUUACUGAUAAUUUAAAUAAAAUACAGUUUAAUGAUUA